AUAAAUCAAUCAGCAAAAGACCAGUAUUUAUUUAGGUAUACCCAACUUUUUUAAAAAAGAAAUUGAGCCUUAUCAAAGAACUUAAAUAAAUGCUAAUAAACAAAGUAAAGAAGAUAAUGCUGGCGAGAAAUUCUAUACUAAUCAAUGUAAAUCUCUUGGAUAACACGGGGAACACUUUGACAUAUGACACCGCUUUACUAAACCCACAACAUUUGAUUCAACGACGAGAAAAUGUCUACGACAGGUAUAGAGGUACGACGUCCGUAUCCCAGUGUUGCUACCAUAUGGGUAGCCGAACUUUUAGCUGCAGCAAACAAGAAAGUGGAUGAUGUAGAAAACAGAAAAACUUACGAAAGUAUCAAUAAAAUGUUUGGUAAAAGUCCUUCAAACCAUGAAGCAGUGCCAAUGAGCCUUGAAGACAAAUUUACCCACAAAAUAAUUAAACAUAAAAGAAAACUUGAACAAAAGGAAAAGGAAGUUGAAAAUGCUGCUAAGAAAAGAAAGAAAAAAGCUGAUACUAUAUCAAAUAGUCUCAGCAAAACAGAGUUAAUUGCAAAGAAGAAAAAAACACCAAAUAUUGUUAAUGGAACCAAGUCAAAGAGCGAGACAAAUUCAGUGAAUACAGUGGAGAACAUCAAAUUGAGACUUGAGAAAGAUACUUUAUCACGGUCAGCAAGAAAAAAGCUUCGACGGAAAUUAAAAGGAUUACUGAAUAAAAGCAAUGACUCUGCCCAAUGUAGUGAGGAAGGAGAAAGGGAAAAUAAAACUUCAAAUAACUUAAUCGUGGAAAAAGUAAAAGAAACUGUAAAUAAUUAUCAUAAAGCUGCUUCCUCAACUCCAAAAAUGAAUGGACAUCAUAUCGAAGUAGAUAAGACUACAAACACAGUUAACAAAAACGGCAAAUCUAAUAUACACAUUCAUAAUAAAAAGCAAAAUUGCUUACAAACACAGACAAAACAAGAGGCUUCAGCUGUUAUAUUAAAAAAGAAAAAAAAGAAGCGAAGUAAACAGAAAAAUCUUAAGAAAGACAACAGACCAGAUCAUUUGAAACCUUCCACCAACCAAGUCAAGAGUCUCAAUCAAAAAGUUUGAAAACUAUAAAUUGUAUUAUAUUUUUAAUAAAAAGUAAAAUAUUUUUAAAUAAUCUGAA